AUGCAAGCUCUCCUCACGCGCCGCAGCGCUGCCGCCUUUGCCGCCCCCACCGCCCGCAGCCGCUGCACACGCAAGUUCUCCGUGAUGGCUGGCGUCACCAAGGAGGUUGUGAUUGCGGGCGAUGGUGCCAACUUCCCCAAGCGCGGCGACAAGGUGACCGUGCACUACACCGGCACCCUCACCAACGGCAGCAAGUUCGACUCGAGCCGCGACCGCGGGCAGCCCUUUGUCUUUUCAAUCGGCGUCGGCCAGGCAAGUGGGCCGCCCACGCGGGCGCUGUCGUGGUGUUUUGGUCAUGCUGCGCCGGUGCAGAAGGUCAUCAAGGGUUGGGACGAGGGCGUCGCGCAGAUGAGCGUCGGCGAGCGGUCCAAGCUGACCAUCUCUCCGGAUUAUGGCUACGGCGCUCGCGGCGCGGGCGGCGUCAUCCCCCCGAACGCGACCCUGAUUUUUGACGUCGAGCUGCUGAAGAUCAACUGA